AUGGCAUCCAACGGUGACAAAUUCGGAAACGACAUCGAGUCGGAAUCCGACUCUGGCCCCGACUCCCCCGUUCUUGAGGCCCAGCAAGCUUCCGAUGCCGAGAUCGAGGAGAAGCCCCUCAAGCCGUCUCUGAAGAAGGCUGCCGCCGCACCGGUGCCCGUCGAGAAGCCCUACCUCCCCCCGCAAACCGAGCCGAAGGAUCUUGAUGUUACCACCCUGAACCCCCUCACUCCCGAGAUUAUCGCGAGGCAGGCGACCAUAAAUAUUGGCACCAUCGGUCACGUCGCUCACGGAAAGUCCACCGUCGUCAAGGCCAUCUCAGGUGUGCAGACGGUCAGGUUCAAGAACGAGCUGAUCCGAAACAUCACCAUCAAGCUGGGUUAUGCCAACGCCAAGAUCUACCAGUGCGACAACGAGGAAUGCCCUCGGCCAACCUGCUACAGAAGUUACAAGAGCGACAAGGAGGUCGACCCUCCUUGCGAGCGUGAGGGAUGCGGAGGUACCUACAGAUUAAAACGCCAUGUCUCGUUCGUCGAUUGCCCUGGUCACGAUAUUCUGAUGAGCACCAUGUUGUCAGGCGCUGCCGUCAUGGACGCUGCGCUGCUGCUGAUUGCUGGCAACGAAACCUGCCCUCAGCCUCAGACCUCUGAGCAUUUGGCUGCUAUCGAGAUCAUGAAGCUCGACAAGGUCAUUAUCCUCCAGAACAAGGUCGACCUAAUGCGUCAAGAAGCCGCCAAGACACACCACGAGUCCAUUAAGAAGUUCAUCCGAGGCACCGUCGCCAGCGACGCGCCCAUCAUCCCCAUCUCUGCUCAGCUCAAACUCAACGUCGAUGCCGUGCUCGACACCAUUGUCAACACUAUCCCCGUGCCUCCCCGUGACUUCACUCAGGAACCCAGGAUGAUCAUCAUUCGAUCAUUCGAUGUCAACAAGCCCGGUGCAGAGAUCGACGAGCUGAAGGGUGGUGUCGCUGGUGGCAGUCUGCUCCACGGUGUCCUCAAGCUCGGCGAUGAGAUUGAGAUCCGUCCCGGCAUCGUCACCAGGGAUGACAAGGGUGCGCUCCAGUGCACUCCCAUCUUCAGCCGCAUCGUCUCGCUCAACUCUGAGGGCAACGAGCUGAAGUACGCCGUUCCCGGUGGUCUGAUUGGUGUCGGUACCCGCAUCGACCCUACCCUGUGCAGAGCCGAUCGCCUGGUCGGUCACGUACUCGGCCUCAAGGGCCGUCUACCCGAGAUCUAUAGUGAGAUCGAGGUCAACUUCUACCUGCUGAGGCGGCUGCUCGGUGUCAAGACUGCCGACGGCAAGCAGGCCAAGGUCGAGAAGCUGGCCAAGAACGAGGUGCUCAUGGUCAACAUUGGUUCCACCUCCACCGGUGCCAAGGUUGCUGCCAUCAAGAAGGAUGCCGCCAAGCUGGUCCUCACCACCCCUGCCUGCACGAGUCUCGGAGAGAAGGUCGCCCUCAGCAGGCGUAUUGACAAGCAUUGGCGUCUUAUUGGUUGGGCUACUAUUGCUGCUGGUGUCACUCUGGACCCGACUACCUCCUCGUAA